AAAGCAAAUUUAAGCCCCCUCCCUUUCCCUCUUUAACAUUUUCAUUCAGAUGCUUUGAGGUUCAAAUACGAGGAAACGCUGAACUCUGAAGGAGCGUGAGUUUGAGACAGAAGGCGCCAACUCUUGCCUGAAGCUUUAGGGAAACAAUCCCAUCUGAAGCCUGCUGACCAUGGGGGACGUCGAGAAAGGGAAGAAGGUGUUUAUGCAGAAAUGCUCCCAGUGUCACACCGUGGAAAAAGGAGGCCGCCACAUGCAGGGACCAAAUCUCGGGGGGAUGUUUGGACGGAAGACGGGGCAGGCUCCUGGGUUCACCUACACUCAGGCCAACAUUGAUAAAGGUGUCAUAUGGGGCGAGGAAACGCUGAACAUCUACCUCGAAAACCCAAAGAAAUACAUUCCAGGUACGAAGAUGAUCUUCAAUGGCAUCAAAAAGAAAAAGGAGAGAGAAGACCUUAUCGCCUACUUGAAGGAUGCGACAGCCUAAUACGCUGAUGACCCGUACAAGUGCAGUGUUCGCCUUGACGAAAUAAACGUUUUCCCUAUGAACA